GACACAUUUUACUCAGGGUCCCUUUGCUCAAAUCAAGUCUGGCAGAGCAAGCAGACACUUCACAUUGGAUUAUCAGGGAACGAGCUUCAAUUCCAGCAGAGCUUCAGCAACAAUGGCAGAGAGGAGCAGCAGGGAGAAAGUCAAUGGAGAGAGCAACAACUUCUUUUCUACACUGGGCUCAGGGAGCCCCAAACCCAGGCAGAAAUAUGGGGGGAUGUUCUGCAAUGUGGAGGGCGCUUUUGAAAAUAAAACCAUCAAUUUUGACUCUCUCAGUGUCGGCAAGAAAAAUGGCAGAAAGAUGGAAAUGAACAAGUCAAGUCCUGAAUCGGAUAGUGGGAGCGACUGUGGCAGUCUCAGCAGCCUGGACAGACAAGCAACUGACAAUGUGGAAAUCCAGGGGUCCACCAAGCUUAACACGGGGGAUGCAACACCUCAGAGUGACCGACUGUUAAUAAAAGGUGGGAAGAUUGUGAACGAUGAUCAGUCCUUCCCCGCUGAUAUAUAUAUUGAAGAUGGUUUAAUAAAGCAAAUUGGAGAGAAUCUAAUUGUUCCUGGUGGGGUGAAAACCAUUGAUGCCCAUGGGUUGCUGGUUAUACCCGGAGGGAUAGAUGUUCACACAAGGCUACAGAUGCCGGUUAUGGGGAUGACCAGCGCUGAUGAUUUCUUCCAAGGAACAAAAGCUGCACUUGCCGGGGGCACCACCAUGAUAAUUGACCAUGUCUUCCCUAACUCUGGAAUGAACCUGGUACAAGCCUACGACCAGUGGAGAGAAUGGGCUGAUGGCAGUGUGUGCUGUGAUUAUUCCCUUCAUGUAGAUAUUACCCACUGGCACGAGAGCCUGAAAGAAGAGUUAGAGGCAUUAGUGAAGGAUAAAGGUGUCAACUCGUUUCUCAUCUAUAUGGCCUACAAAGACCAAUACCAGUGCACAGACGCAGAGAUGUAUGAAAUAUUCAGCAUUAUCAGAGAACUAGGAGCAAUAGCCCAAGUGCAUGCAGAAAAUGGGGACAUUAUUCAGGAGGAGCAAAAGCGCAUGUUGGAAUGUGGCAUCACCGGGCCUGAGGGUCAUGUACUCAGCCACCCUGAAGAGGUGGAAGCGGAGGCAGCGUUCCGUGCGAUAACAAUCGCUAAGCAGGCCAACUGCCCCCUAUACAUCACCAAGGUUAUGAGCAGAGGAGCUGCAGAUGUGAUUGCCCAAGCCAAGAGAAAAGGUAUCGUUGUGUAUGGGGAGACGCUCCCAGCCAGCAUUGGCACAGACGGAACUCAUUACUGGAGCAAAAACUGGGCAAAAGCUGCAGCCUACGUGACCUCCCCUCCGAUUAGCCCCGACCCCUCAACUCCCGACCAUCUCACUUCAUUACUCUCAUGUGGCGAUCUUCAAGUGACGGGAAGCGCACACUGCACCUUUACGACAGCGCAGAAGGCCGUAGGAAAGGACAACUUCACCCUGAUUCCUGAAGGAACAAAUGGAAUAGAAGAAAGAAUGACAAUAAUUUGGGAUAAAUGUGUAACUUCUGGCAAAAUGGACGAGAAUGCAUUUGUGGCUGUGACCAGCACCAACGCUGCAAAACUCUUUAACUUGUAUCCCCGAAAGGGAAGGAUCGCCGCAGGUUCAGAUGCCGAUUUAAUCAUCUGGAAUCCCAAAACGGCAAAAAUCAUCUCCGCAAAGACCCACAAUGUGGCUGUGGAGCUGAACAUAUUUGAAGGGAUGGAAUGUUAUGGUGCCCCAGAGGUUGUGAUCAGUCAAGGAAGGAUUGUACUGGAAGAUGGGAAUCUCCAUGUGAGCCAGGGAUCCGGACGUUUUGUACCCAGGAAAACAUUCCCCGAUUAUGUGUACAAGAGGAUCAAAGCUAGAAACAGGCUAGCAGAAAUACGUGGCGUUCCGAGGGGCUUGUACGAUGGACCUGUCCACGAUGUCACGAUUAGCACCAAGUCAGCAGCACCCACACCAGCUUCAAGAAUAACUUGUCCUGGAAAGAUUCAAAUAGGACCAGCUCGGAACUUACAUCACUCUGGAUUCAGUUUGUCAGGAACUCAAGAAGAUGACCACAUUCCAAGACGCACUACACAAAAAAUAGUGGCGCCCCCUGGUGGCCGUUCUAAUAUUACCUCUCUCUCUUAGUAUCGCCAUGAAAAAAAACCUAUAGCGCUGGAUAGCAAAAGUAGUCUAUAUUUGUGGGAGAGACUGGAAUGUGCAUGAUGAUUAUAUGAAAUGUGGUCCUUAAUGAAAUGUUUUUCUAUUGACCGCUGCUCCCAAAUCCUUGUGAAAGAGGGUUAGAAAGGGAUUGGAGUAACCCGAAAGAUAACAGUUCUGUAAAGUUGCCUCUAUUUUGACUACGACCAGGUCAAAUUAUUAGUGUAUAAUGUUAUAUUUGCAGCGAUAGGCUCAGAUGUAUGAAUGGGAUGAAUUAAGGCCCAUCGGAAAGACAUUUUACAUUGAACUGUCAUAACAUUAACAGCUACAUAAGGAUUUUGUUUAAAAAUCUUUAAUGGUGGAAAGCCAAAGGCGUCAUAUCUGUUCUGCCUGAAUAAAAAGGUGGUCUAACAUUUAUAUAUAUAUAUAUGGAUUAGCACAGUAUUCAAUAAAGCCUCUUUAUUUUUU